AUGGACCGUUGGUUGAUUGCAACCGUUCAAUUCGCUGCGCGUAUGAAGGCUUAUAUAGCAGGCUCGUUCUCCACUGUUCCGGAAGCCAUUGCUUCAGCGACUACCAGUAUCAAGCCACUCACUCGGCUCGUCGGGGACUCGAGUGCGAAAAUAUUCAUCAUUGCCCUAAAUUAUACCACACCUCGGCCGGGACUCUACCUCCUUCUCAGAUCCGAGGAUAAGGGACCCGCAGACUGGGAGUCAUGGCGUGAUGGGCUAGUUCGCAGAUGGAACAAUUUAAACAUUGUGUGUGGUUUGAUCAUAGGAGCCGUAUCAACACUCCUGUUCAGCAAUUAUCCGUUCGGCCCCUCUGCGUUUGCAUUCGGCAUCACCUCUCUUCUGAGCAGUUUAAUAUGCAUCGGAUUUGGUGUCGGUCUAAUCUAUGUACUGGGAGAUGUGCAUGGGUCCACCUUGAGGAUGAUCGGUCACAGGUAUCCGAAGUUAUAUCUCGCUGCUCUCUCCAUACCUCAGGUAUGGGGAGGGGUCAGCUUCAGCGCGUUUUUCGUGAAUACUUGUAUCAUUGGCUUCGAAGCCAAGAACAAGGGCCCUGUACUCAUCAUGGGCAUUACCCUCGUCAUUUUCUUACUCGUCGUGCACCUCGCCGGAUUCAUGUACCUUUUCGGAAGGGAUUUGGAAGAAGACUCACUUCCCGAACCCAACCCCUCCAGUUCAGUGGGCGCUACUGGUAGUUCGACGAGUACGUCAAAUACGAAUUUCCCAAACAACAGUAUCGAGAGUAUACCCACUACUCUACUCAAGUCGUAG